CGCAAGCGCAGCGGCAAGGGCACGAUGAUCCAGGGCCCGGAGACGUCCGAGGGCGACUGGGCCGACGACAAGCUCCACGGCGCCGGCGAGAUCGCCUUCGCGACGGGCGCCAAGUACGUGGGCGCGUUCGCCGGCGGCAAAUUCGACGGCGAGGGCGAGUACGCGUGGCCGGACGGCGCGAAAUACGUCGGCGGCUGGCGCGACAACAAGAUGCACGGCAUGGGCUGCUACACGGACACGGACAAGGUCAACUGGAAGGGCCAGUUCCACAACGGC